AUGCGGAGCUGCGGCCCGCGGCCGCGGGGGUGCCGUCCGAGUCGGCCGACGCGCGGCAAGCUGUUUUCUGAUCCUGCAACGUUGAUAAGCGCCACUCUGCAACCACCAAGGACACGGUGGAUCACGCAGGACGACCCGGCCACGCUGCUCUACUCCUCGGGCACCACGGGGCCCAGCAAGGGCGUCGUCGCCACGCACCGGAGCCUCAUCUCCAUGGUGCAGAUCAUCAUGACGCGCUUCCGCCUCGAGGGCUCCGACAGGACCGAGACCUUCCUCUGCACGGUGCCCAUGUUCCACGUCUACGGCCUCGUCGCCUUCGCCACGGGGCUGCUCGGCUGCGGCGCCACCAUCGUCGUGCUCUCCAAGUACGAGCUCCCCGAGAUGCUGCGCUCCAUCAACGAAUACGGGGUCACCUACCUCCCGCUCGUGCCGCCCAUCCUCGUCGCCAUGCUGGCGCACCCCAAGCCGCUGCCGCUCGGGAACCUGCGCAAGUUGCUCUCCGGCGGAGCGCCGCUGAGCAAGGAGCUCAUCGAGGGGUUCAAGGAGAAGUACCCGCAGGUGGAGAUCCUGCAGGGGUACGGGCUGACGGAGAGCACGGCUAUCGGCGCGUCCACGGACUCUGCCGAGGAGAGCCGUCGAACAGGUUGGUCAGUACCUUAUGAACAUGCAACUUUGAUCUUCCCAGGGUAUUUCAAGAACACGGAGGCAACACAGUCAACGUUGACACCUGACGGAUGGCUCAAGACUGGGGAUCUCUGCUACAUAGAUGAGGAUGGGUAUCUCUUCGUUGUGGAUCGGCUGAAGGAGUCGAUCAAAUACAAAGGGUAUCAGGUGCCUCCGGCAGAGUUGGAAGCUCUUUUGCUAACACACCCAGAAAUCCAAGAUGUCGCCGUUAUACCGUUUCCUGAUCGGGAGGUCGGCCAGUUCCCAAUGGCCUACGUGGUGAGGAAGAAGGGGAGCAAUUUGUCAGAGCGCGAGGUGAUGGAGUUUGUGGUGAAACAGGUAGCGCCUUAUAAGAAGGUCAGAAAGGUGGCGUUUGUGACAGAAAUUCCCAAGAACGCGUCCGAGUUUACUGUUGUCAUCCACGAGCAGCGAGCCAUUCUCUACGCUGCCCCAGUAUUGUAG